AGGUAACUUCUACACAGAAUGAAACUGGAAAUACAUAACUACCUAGAAAAAUUAAGACAGUUCUCAUACUUUGGGACCUGCCUUUUUACAAGUUCUUCUCUUGCUACAGUUGUUCUGGUCUAUCUAUGCAUCUAUCUGGAAGAUGUCUAUUAUUAAAAGUAAUUGAUGGGUUUCGAUAGAUUUAUUAGUUGACUAUUUAUUUAUUAAUUCCAAGUCUGUAGAAUAAUAUAGAAGCUGGGUAAGUUGAAUUUUAUGUGUAUUUGUUAACUGCAGUCAUGAAAAUACCACUGCUAGGAUUUUGUUAACUGCGUUACUAUUGGCAUUUGGAUGUCUGCAGCUUAGUCUACCUGGAAGGGUGGUGUUAGGUUUUUGUUUUGCUUUCAAAAUUUAAACCCAAGAAAGAUGUAAAGCCUCUAGCCAGAAACAAACAUCUGUAAUCUGGAGUAAGAUAAAGUUUUUUGGCCAUUAAUUUGCAGGUGUCUAUUAGAGAUAUAUAUUAUGUGCUACUAAAUAGAGUAUCAUCUAAAUAGAGUGAAGGGUAUUGUGAAAUUAUAAGCAAAAAAUUAAAGCAGCUUUGUGAUGAAGGAUGCUGUGAAAUCAGACCAAGGUAAAUUAGCAUAGUCCUCCUUACAGUCUUUGUCUUAGUUUCUAGUCUGACAGAAGGAUAUUGACUGCUGAUAAAAUCAGAGUAGGAAAGCAACACUUUCAUUAAAGUUAAAUGAUUAGGAUCUUCAAGCAGACCUUUCUUUCCUCUCUCUCCAGUAUCAAGAAAAUGAUCCCUAUCUCAUGUUGCUUGAAAACCAUUCAACCACCUGUAAUUAUCUCUUAGUCACCAUUCUAAAGAUAUGGCUAAUUACUUUUAAUUAAAAGUAAUAUUUUGGUACAGCUCUGCUAUCUCUGCUGGGAAUUGUUUUAAACUUCAUUAUAUGCCUACCACCAGUUUUCUGCAGUGCAGCUUAGGGAGGAGGAAUUUGCACCACACCGUUCGAUAGCAGCAAGUCUUAAGAGUAUUAAGGAUGAAAUUCUCAAGGGUCUUUAUGUCAUGAAUGGAAAUGGAAUCAUUACAGUAUUUUUGAACUCCUGCUAACGUCACUGACAGCCACCUACAGUCCACUAGACAUAUAAACGCAGAGAUCAGUUUGUUCACAGAUUACAAGGAGACUAACCAAGAAGGGGCAAGCCAGAGCCAAAUUCACUGGUAGUCUGUUCAUCGCUUCAACAUGUGGAAAGUGGUGCUGCUGGGUCUAUACACAGUAUUGGCUGUGAGGGGAUUGGCAAAGGCUGCUCCUCUCCAACCAGAAGAAAAAUGGAAGCCGCUAGAUAACCCUAGAAACAGAGACCUGUUUUUCAGAACGCUCCAGGCUUAUUUUUCGGGCAGGGGUCUUGAUCUCAGAAAGUUCCCAGCUACUUUCACUAUGAACAAUGAAGGACCAAGGCCUGUUGUAUUCUACUCAGAUCCUAUUGCUUCUGCAUUUGCAGAUUAUGAAGAAAGGAGAAAUUCUUUUCCAAAUUAUUUCAAAGGCUGAAAAAUGCUGCUUAGCAAGGUAAAAGAGGUUGUCUUUUGCUCUGAUGUUGUAACAUGUACCCAAGUGAAAGAUUUAGAUUCCAGUAAUACUCUUUUUUUGUCUGAAAUAUAAAAACUUACUUUUUAGAGGAAAUUAAAAAUGUAGCACUGUAACUCUUGCCUGAAUUUGGUUUAAAAUUGUUGAGGUAGAGAUUUAUGAGGUAUUUGCUACUUCAGUAAAAUAACACAUCAUGCUUGUGCUGACCCAUAUAGGCUAUGCUUUUUAAAAAAAUAAAUUCUUUUUCCCCCUUCUUAAUGUGAAGAACUAUUCAGAAAAGAUACAGACAAUAGCACAAGUUUUAUUUAAGUAAUUGAUACAAGUAAAAUUACAAAUUGAGACUAAUGGUUUCCUGUGAUAUGUCUAUCAAGAAAGUUCAUUUAGACAUGAGAUACUGCACUAACAAAGCAUACAUUAUCUUUUACAUCUUUGUCCACUCAUGGAGUUUUCAUUAUUUUUACAACUAAACUUGAAAGUUGAAUAGAAUGAUUCCAAACUUAUUCACAUCUGUCCAGAAAUACAAAAUAAAAAUUAAUAAUUAAGUGGGUCAAGCUUGCGUUAUGAAUAAAUUCAGACUCAAUUGAAAGCAGAUAUUUCUCAGCUUUUUUAUCUGUGUGUAAUCACACUCUGUAAAACAAUGGUUGAGGUUGGAAGGGAGCUUAAAGUUUAUCCAGUUCCAACCUCCCUGCUAUGAGCAGGGACACCUCACACUAGACCAGGCUGCACAUCCUCAUCCAAGCUGGCCUUAAACGCCUCCAGGGAGGGGGCUUCCACAACCUCCCUAGGCAACCUGUUCUGGCACUUGCUACCCUCAGAAGAAUUUACUCCUGAUGUCUAACCUAAAUCUCCCCUCUUUCAGUUGAAAACCAUUACUCCAUGUCCUGUCAUUGCCCUCUCUGGUGAAAAGCCCCUUCCCAGCUUUCCUAUAGUCCCUUCAGGUCCUGGAAGGCCACUGUAAGGUCUCCCCGGAGCCUUCUCUUCUCCAGGCUGAACAGCCCCAACUCUCUCAGCAUGCUGGUGUAGCAGGCUGAGAUAAAUAAAUGCUUUCAUACCUCAUUUUGAGAGUCAGUGAAUACUGGCUGUUCUGAGGAAAGGUAAAUAAUUGUUUUCACCUAUCUUACAAGAAGUUUUCAGUCAGAUUUGUAUCUAAGCAUUUUAGUGAUUUACCCAGUAUCUUAGAUUAAUUUGUAAUCAAUAUUCAGCCUAGGACCUUUAGCUCUGUCUGCUCUCUGCCUGCUUAAGCACAUCUUUUUCUGUAAUCAAAGGCACAGCUCCACUAUUCUUAUUCUCAAUAAUAAUGAAGACUGCACUCAGAUUUAUUAAGUUCUCUUUUUGCUAAGUUUGAGUGUCAGGGGAAAAAAAACCUGCCCCACACUGUGUGUUGUGCAUGAAAAUAAAUUAAAUGUGACUUUUGAAGGGAUGCUGUAGCUCUGCUCUGUGCUACAGCUAGAGUGAGAAAAUGACUGGUGGAAGUUAUUUUGUCCUACGUAAUUCAGGAUGAUCACAAUAGUUCUCUUCAGUGUUCAGAGAUGCUUUCUGAAAGCAGAGGUCUGCUGAGGUCUUUCAGCCGGUGUUAGCAAGUCUCUGGAUCAUACUCUGGUUGCAUAUAAAUAUUUCUGUAUGUGUCUCACAUUGUUGUGUUUUUUUUUUCCCCCCUCUUUUUCAGGCGUUAACUUUUGAACUUCAUGUGAAGUGGCAACCUUCACAGCAAAAUGUUACUUCUUUGACUUUUUAAUUGUUACUGACAAUUCAGAAUUUUCGUCACUAUUGCAGUUUUUACUUACGAUAUCUGAUGCCAUGCUGUGAUGAGCACGGUUGUUGUCUGUUGACAAAUGUCUGGUGGUUGGGUCCUGCCAUUUGCCCAGCAGAAUUGUGUUUGCUUCAAUGUGAAUAAAUAAGGAGUGCAACUGAGUGUUUCUAACUAUUGCUAAGUGUGUUUGUUUGAAAUCGGUAAAUAAACGUUCCCUUUUGAUUGAGUGGGGCUA